AGAACAGCGCCAUGGCCACGCCCUCGCAACCCCAGCUGCUGCAGCACAUCCUAGCCCUCCUUGCAGCAGCAGGGGCUCUCAUGGUCCAGGCUGCCGCCAUUGCCGAGCAACAUGACCUGCCGAUCGCACUUCCUGGCUGUCCGGACAAGUGCGGCGACAUCAGCAUCCCCUUCCCAUUCGGUAUGAAGCCCGGUUGCUUCCGAGAGGGCUUCCAGGUCACCUGCGACCAGUCCUUCCAGCCCCCUCGCGCCUUCCUUGGUGAAGGCGACGGAAGAUCAGCCAAGAAGUUGACCCUCUACUCCUACUUCUCAGUGUCCAAGACAGGUAAAAUUUCUCUGCAAUACCCAAAGAAUAACCUAAGUGCCUCGCUGGUGGAGCUCAUCGACAUAUCAGUCGCCAAGAAUGAGGCUCGGGCAUACGGCGCAGUGGCUUCUGCCUGCAGCAUGAACGCCACCGCCGGGUUAUCGAAGACGAGGAUAACCACCUUGUUGGCACGCGGCAUGGGCACGGCGGAGGGCCCAUUCCUCGUGUCGCCGGCGCGCAACGUCCUCAUCGGCGUUGGCCUUGAGAGUAUGCCUUCGGUGUCAAGGUUUGACUUCAACACCUUACGGUCGACAGAGGAUGACUACCUCGUCUCCUGCAGCUCGUCCAUCAUGGGAGACCUGCAGCUCCCGUCCAACGGGUCGUGCUCUGGGCAUGGCUGCUGCCAGGCCUCCCUGCCGGAAAGGCACCCGCUCACCGGUGUCAUGGUUACCACGCCCCCCAACACUCUGAAUAACACUAUGUGGAUGACCAAUCCGUGCACCUUCGCUAUGGUGGUGGAGCACUCAUGGUACAACUUCUCCACGGCGGACCUGUACGGUAACACCAGCAACAAGUUCCCCAGGGGUGUGCCCUUUGUGGUCGACUUCGCCAUCAGGAAGGCUAGAUGCCCGGCGGAAGACCAGCAGCCACCUCUUGACUAUGCGUGCACCAGUGGCAACAGCUCUUGUGCUGACGUGACCAAUGGCUACAUCUGCAAGUGCUUGGAGCACUACGAGGGCAACCCUUACAUCCCUAAUGGGUGCCAAGACAUCGACGAAUGCAAGUUCCCGGAUUUGUAUCCUUGCUCAAGUGAUGGGACAUGUAAGAAUAGACUUUCGGGGUAUGAUUGUCCAUGCAAACCCGGAAUGAAAGGCGAUGGCAAAGCAGGAACAUGCCAACCCAUAUUCUCCCGAGUAGCAAAGAUUGUUGUAGGUGUUAUAGGUGGAUUUGUUGUCAUGGCAGCUUUCUUGUUCCUCAUUCUUCUUCACAAAGAGAAAAGGAAGAUGAGGGAGUUCUACCAAAAGAACGGCGGGCCUAUAUUGGAGAAAGCAAAGAUUAUAAAGCUUUUCAAAAAGAAAGAGCUUAAGGGAAUUUUAAAGAGUAAAAAUUUAAUUGGAAAAGGUUGCUUUGGUGAAGUUUACAAGGGCAUUCUUGAUAAUGAUUUGGUUGCAGUAAAGAAGCCGAUAAAUGGUAAUGUGCUGGAGAAUGAACAAUUUGCAAAUGAAGUCAUCAUCCAAUCUCAAGUCAUCCACAAGAACAUUGUUCGGCUAAUAGGUUGUUGCCUAGAAGUUGAUAUCCCCAUGCUUGUUUAUGAGUUCCUCCCCAAAGGUAACCUUGAAGAUAUUCUUCACGGCAACAAGAAUGUAGUGCCUCUCAAUAUGGAUGUGCGUUUGAGUAUUGCUGCACAGUCAGCGGACGGUCUAGCUUAUAUGCACUCAAAAACCAGUAACAAAAUCCUACAUGGUGAUGUUAAGCCGGCAAAUAUACUCUUGGAUGAGAACUUCAUGCCAAAGAUCUCAGACUUUGGCAUAUCGAGACUGAUUGCAAGGGAUAAAGAACAUGCAGAAAAUGUCAUCGGUGAUAGGAGUUACAUGGAUCCAGUAUAUAUGCAAACAGGACUUCUAACAGAAAAAAGUGAUGUGUACAGUUUUGGAGUUGUGAUCUUAGAACUUAUAUGUAGGAAAAAGACCACAUAUUCUGACAAUAAUAACUUAGUAAGGAAUUUUCUUGAAACUCAGAAAGAGGGGAGGGUAGCCAAGUUAUUUGACAAUGAAAUUGCACUUACAAGCAAUUUAGAGCUUCUUCAUAGUUUGGCAAGGAUCGCUAUGGAAUGUCUUAACCUCGACGUGGAUCAGAGACCAUCAAUGUCUGAGGUAGCAGAGCGCCUUCUCUUACUAAGCCGGUCUCAUAACCCGUAAGUUGUUUGCAAGUAAGUUCAUGCACAAUUGCACGUCAAUGUGUACCAUCAAAUAAGAUAGACAACUAUCAUGUGGCAAUAUUAUUUUUAUUUUAAUUUGUUGUUGUGAACAAACCCUAAAGUUAGAAGCAGGGGUUGUUUGUCUCCCUUGAUUUGAACAACUUUA